UUAGUAAAUAAUCACGCGCCACGCUCCAAAUGUUAAACUGCUCUCCAUCACAAAACCACCAGUGUUAUUACUGUGGAAAUACUUUAUUUUGCAAGUUUAUUUCGGUGACAGUGGGCCGGUGGAUAUGUUUAUCGUAUUUUAGUGAGAUGUUUAUCAUUGAAACAAUGAAGGAUUUGCAAGUUUAUAUUUUUCACACGAUGUUAAUACGGAAAAUAAUAAAAGAGUUGAAUGAAUAAACAGGCGAACAUAUUUUAGACUCAACACCAGGAAUUCAAUCAAGCGAGGUUUCGAACGCGACGUCAUGUCUAACGUGACGCUAAUAACAACGCAGUCCAGCGAGAUGUUUACGAAACAUGUGCCGACACUUGAAGAGAUGAACGCCGCGGAGGUGGAAAGGCUUAUCCCGACGAUUGUGUUUCUAAUGAUAAUCUGCGUGGUCGGGAUGAUUGGAAAUGUUCUUGUUAUCCAUGUGUACAGAACGCGGUUCAAAAUGUCAAACUCCAAGUGUUUUAUUUUGUGUCUUAGCGCUGUGGACCUUUUAACAUGUUGCGUUGCAAUUCCUCUGGAGAUUUCGACUGUACUGGAACAGUACACGUUUGAACAUGUGUGGUUAUGUAAGACAACCAGAGUGUUCAACACGUUGGGAACUAUUUCCUCAUCUUUUAUACUGUUGUUUAUCGCGGUGGAUAGAUUCAGGAAAGUGUGUAAACCGUUCGGCUGGCAAAUACGUACGUCUGUUGCAAAAUGUCUAUGUGCCCUGGCAUUGUUUCUUGGGCUCUUCGUCUCUUGGCCCGCCAUAUUUGUUUACGGAAAGCAUUCGUUCAAUAUCCCAGAGUUCAACAUGACCGGAACUGAAUGUUCUACAGCAGACGAAAUGGCCGAAACGAAGUUUCCGUUUUAUUACGCGCUUGUUUUCGGAUUUAUGUUUGUUGCCGGGAUAAUUUCUAUGUCUAUUUUAUACUGUUUCAUCGGUCACAAAGUUCGGAAGCAUUCGAAUAAAAUGAAGAAAGCAUUCGGUAGGAAUAUGUCGAUUCCAAUGACAUCCUCAAUUAUCGAUCCGCAUGACUCAAAAUUAGCAGGGGAUCUAGGUCCGAAUGCAACAGCGAAAUUCGACAAGAAUAAUGAAAAAUCACAAAAAAGGUGGAGUGCAAAGAAAAAGCGAAAACAAGAAAACGACGACUCGUGGACAGACAAGAAGGACUUCGAGUUGUCUUAUACGUGCAAUUUGGAAAGUACGGAGACUGAAAAGGGCCAAAAUAACAUUAUAAAACUUGAAAACAUAGACGGAAAAUGUAAGGAGGAGAAAGUAGACCAUCAUUCAGAUUCUGAAGACAGUGGUAUCAAGGUUAAAGAAGAUGCAGACGCAGAUGAAAAUAAAGAACCGAAAACUGACAAUAGUGAAUCUGUAAAAAAGGAUUUUAAGAAAAGCCAAAUAUCGUUUCAGGACGUUGAAAUGGAUGAGGUGAAAAUGCAAGUUUCACCGACGUCAAGUGAAGAAAUAUUACCAAAACAACAAAGCGGAGUUAUUCGUAGAAUCUCAUCAAUAAGCAAUCGUAUUUCAAACGCUGUUUUCCGCAUGACGUCAAUAACAAGUGCGCGAACCGACUCUGAAACGGGAACGCUGAAACGGACACAAUUUUUGAAACAGGCGCGUGCCAGGAAGACAGCGUUUUUGAUGUUCGUCGUCACGCUGGGAUUUAUACUCAGCUUUCUACCACAUUUAUUGUUAAUGCUCAUAAGACAGAUUAAAAGUGACUUUGUGGACGGUAUGUCGGAGACAAACAAAGCGGUGUAUAAGUUUUUUCUGAGAUCGUACUUUUUAAAUAGUGCUAUAAACCCUGUUAUUUACAGCAUUUGUGACUCACGGUUCAAAGCCGCUUGCAAGGAUAUAUUGGAACAUUGUUGCAGAAGAAGAAGCAGGUCCCGUAAACUGGCAAUGUAGUUGUAUGACACAGUACAAAAUUAACACUUGCGCCAGUUUGCCUUUUUUUUAGAUUUUAUUUUUACAUACAAAAGUGCUUCAAAACACAAGAUGUAUAUAGGUUUUCUAAUUAUAGACUGCUAAUUUCUUGCAAUGUAAA